AUGCAAAGACAGCUAAGCAAACAUCAUCAGCACAAAGAUGGCAGCGACAGGACGCAGGAGCAGCAGCAAGAGGAGCAGGACCAGGAGGAGGGGAAGGAGAAAGAGGAGGAGGAGCAGGAGCAGGAGCUCUGUUUGCACAACGUACGACGGAUAUUGUGCCGAUGUUUAGCACUGGAAAAGCUGCUGCAGCGGCAGUCAAGCAUUUGGGCAAACAGAGGAGAAGAGGCGCCGGCAAAGGAACCAGUGCCCGCGGCCAUAAUAAGCGUGGCCAGGACGAAGAGCAGCCAGCCAGCAGAAGCAGGAGCAGAAGCUGUAACCCGAUGGUCAGAUGGUCUCUGGCCUGCAGCGGAAAUCCAGGGCUAG